AUGGCGAGAAGCAUUGCAGAAGAAGCUCGUCAGAACAGCAUUGCGGAAGAAGCUCGUCAAAAUAGCAUUUUGGAAGAAGCUCGUCAGCUACUCGAGUUUGACCGCGAAGUCGCGUCCGCCACUGAAGCCGAGGGACAGAACCAUACCACCGCGGAACUCGAGGACAUGAGCACCCGCCUUCGUCACCUCGAAGACUCUGGGAAGUGCGAGACUCUCAUCUCGUCAUUGGAAGACAUUCUGGCUUCCAAACAGAAGAAAGCUGCCGACAUGAAAGCGAAGCUGAGCGACAUGACUCGUGCCCGCCUUUUGGCAUCCGAGCCGAAGAAGACGGAGGGCCAGUCCGACUAG